CUGCACCUUUAGCUAUGGACACUAACACCGUAGAUAUGGAGCUCAAUGGGGUCGGGGAGACAGCUAAUCUUCGAGAGGUGAGUGUGUGCACAGAGGGGGUGUGCUAAUUACCACUGUUAGUUUAUCUUGGCUGUGUGUUGGAUUGUAGCAUAGGGAUGUACAGUACCCAAUUCUGGUGGGUUAGUGCAUGUACCUCAGUAUGCUGAGAGGCACUGCCUGGGGGGGUGUACCCCAUUCUACUGGGAGCAGGGAUGACCUGUCUGUGAGAUAUGUUCAGAGAUGUAUGAAUUCACCAGCCUGUCCCUCUCUCUCUAACAAUACGAUAAGUACAUUGUAUAAUAAUUAUCUGCACAUCUAAUGUAAAGUAAUGUACAUAGUGCAUGCAGUUGAUGUGUGUAAUGUGUAUGUCAGUCUAUGUAUAAUGUGUUUGCUUUUAUAUAUAUAUAUAUAUAUAUAUAUAUAUAUAUAUAUAUAUAUAUAUAUAUAUAUAUAUAAAUGUCUGAAUUAUGUAUGCUAAGUACUCAUACAUACAUAUACCAUGAAUAUGGACAUACUGUGUAUGUGUCUGUAUAUGGUUGUUGUGUGUGUAUGAUUUGCAUUUAUGCUAUAAAUUUAUUAUUUGUGCACACUUUACACUUGUAUGCCUAUUGUAUAUUUAUACUUUGUAAUUAGUAUAUCAAUUAAAUGUGUUUCUAUAAUGUCUAGGCUAAGAUAUACCUGGAAAGUAGUGACAAUUUUACACAGGUGUUAUAUGGGAUUUUAUAGUGUGUGUAUAUAUAUAUAUAUAUAUAUAUAUAUAUAUAUAUAUAUAUAUAUAUAUAUGUGUGUGUGUGUGUAUAGUUCAGUGCGAUCUAUAUAUGACAUGUUGGGUGUUUAUCUUAUGGACAGUGUGUGGUUGUGUGGUUGACACAAGCAUGGCAGCUUAUGCUGUCAAUGUUUAUUUCCACGAAACCUUUGCUAGAGACAUCUGUGGGUAAAGGUAUCUCUUUGACCAAGAUGUUUAUUGGAGGAUCCUGUGUUCUCCCACAGACCUCUGAGAGACACUGGACUUAAGACAGACCGCAUGUGUCCCUGUGGUCACAAGGGAUAGCUUUUUUUAAAAAAAAAUUUCCCCUGUGGUCAACACAGUACACAGUGUCAUCCCCCCCCCCCUUUUUUUUUUAUAUGCAAAGACAUAACAUGUAUCAAAAAAACUUUAUUUGCCAUAUAAUACAUAAUGGAUUGGUCAACAUUUUCUCAGAAUUAAUAUUUAGUACAUAGUGUGUAUAUGCCUGUGUGUAUUUACUUUACAGUGACUUGUGGCCAAUGUGUUUUACACUAGACUUAGGAGCCACCAAAAUUCGUAGGAAAAAAAAUGUUUCUACCGGAAAAAAAAAAGUCUGGCCAUUUGUCCGUUUAUUUUCAGACGAGAUUCGUUCAUUAUUUUCAUAUCGGAAAUUCUAUUAGGACGAAAGGAAUUCCGCAAACCGAACACAACAGUCAUCUCUCUAUUCUUCUUUUCUUGUAUAAUAUAAUGUAAUUGUACCUUUUUUUAUUUUCCACAAUUAUGUAAUUUCACUUAUACUUAUAAUAAUAUUAUAUAAGAAAAUAAAUAAUAGAGAGAUUUUCUGAUGGAUGUUAGUUUUAGUAACUUUCAAGCUCCUUCUUUCUGAUAGCCCUAAAGUGUACCAUGGAGAUAUCUUCUAAACCGCUGAAAGAAGACCAAAAUUAAGAAAAAAACGAAAACUUUUUCCUAAUUUUGGCACUUCAGUUAUAUCAGCUCAUACAUCAGGUUGGAUUUAAGAAAAGCACAGAACCUCUCUAACUUUUCUGUUUCAGUAGUUGCUUGCUCCAUAUUUGGUACACUGAGAGUGUACCGCUGACUUCUCUAGAGUGACACACUCACAGUCCUGUUUUUAAGAGUACUAUGUAACCCCAAUGUGGGAUUACCAAUAGCCAAUAUUUAAGGAUGCUAAAUUAGGGAGCUAUCCGCUAAACUGAUGAAAAAGGCCUUUUUCUUACUUUUUGUCUUCCACAGUUUCCGCGGAAUUGUCAAAAUUAAGAGAAGCAGCACUUUUCUUUUUUUGACACGCUUUAUUAUUUUGUAGAGCAAUGUUUGAAAAACACGGUCGCGUAGACAUUUCGCAAGAUGAUGUACGACAAUAAAAAGUGUAUAGUUGUAACAGGAAUAUGACAUAUGCAAUUUUUAUAUAAACAUGAGGAGGUCGGCAUCUCAAGUAUUCAAGGCCCUCUGACCUCUGUUAAAAUUAUAACACCAGCACCGCCUUUAUCUAACAAUGUAGUGAAAGAGCAUUGCAGUAUGCAGACUGUCACAUACCAGAACAGACAAUGUAAACUCGAGGUGAGAGAUAAGCAUUUAUCAGUGCAUUCUAAUUAUCACACUGUUGGUGUACUAGGAAACAAACACGGCUGUAGACAAGAAAUAAAAACCAAAAGUAGUUAAAGAACAAAAGUCAUAACUGGUGUUACUGUACAGUAGACCAUGGAAGGGUGGGCCAGAGACCCAGGCACACUGAGACAAACAAGAUAACUACGGUGAGGUAAGUAAUAUACUUAAGCUAAAACGAGGCAUUCACCACUUGCUUUGACAGUAUUGUAGCAAGUCAUUAAAUACCAAUGCAUAGUCUCUGGCCCCUACCGCCAGGCAAGUCCCAGAGUCCUAUAUCAGCCCUCCGCGUCGGCCCCAGGCCAUUAAAAUAGCGUAUUUGCACAUUCCACUGUUCUGGUUUCACAUGGCACCAUGAAGACACAAAGUAAGUACUACUGCCCUAUUGGGGAAAAAUAGUACCACUACUAUAAAUUUCUGAAAAAAUUAAGUGACUUAUUAAUAAUAAUUUAUGCAACUUUAUGGUGCUUUAUAAAUAAUACUACCAAGUGGCUCUGCACAAGGGAAUCUUUGCAAUUGCGUCUGUGUCUAGCAGUUAUUGAGGGAUGUGGGGUAAUGGCAUCCCUUAAUUGAACAUCAGCUGUUAGGAUAGGCCAGUAUUUGCAUAAUAUAUGCAUCAUGGUAGCCCAGCCUGAGUGACUAGUGGCUAUAUAUUACACUAUAUUCUUACACUAAAACACAUCAGAUAAGUCAUCUUUGUUGGUAUUUAGUGCAUACAUAUAUGGCCUCUUUAGACACCUUUUAGUAAAGCUUUCUUGAACUUAAAAUCAUCAACUGAGGUGCAAUUGCAUUUUAGUUGCAGGUAUUGGCUGGUAGGGAUGCCACAUUUUAAUAAUCUAUAGUGAUAACUGCCCCAAUACAGCAAAGUUGUUAGAGGCAUUUUUUUCUUAUCCGGUGCAGUUAAUAUAGUCAAACCAGAGAUUUAAGGGUUUUGCCACCUAUUUCACUAUUGAAACAUAAGUUCAAGACAUUUCUUAUUCAUACAUGGCUCAGGGAGCUGUCUGGUAAGGUAUGUUCCUCCCUCAAGACAUACCCCCAGCGUAGUACCCCAGGUUUGAUUGUAAAAAUGUCAAUUGAAUAGGUAAAUAGGAAGAAAUUCCUUGUUAGAACAGAUCUCAAUAAAUCUGGUACUCAGAAUGACUAUUAAUUAGUAGUGAUGUCCCGAACGGUUCGCCGCGGACUCAUCAUUGAGUAAACUUUGACCCUGUGCCUCACAGUCAGCAGACACAUUCCAGCCAAUCAGCAGCAGACCCUCCCUCCCAGACCUUCCCACCUCAUGGACAGCAUCCAUUUUACAUUCAUUGUGAAGCUGCAUUCUUAGUGAGCUGUCCAGGAGGUGGGAGGGUCUGGGAGGGAGGGUCUGCUGCUGAUUGGCUGGAAUGUGUCUGCUGACUGUGAGGUACAGGGUCAAAGUUUACUCAAUGAUGAGUCCGUGGCGAACCAUUCGGCGAACCGUUCGGGACAUCACUAUUAAUUAGAGUACUUAGUUAGUGCUUUACGUCGGACUUUGUGUUUUGUUCCUGAUGCGAGAGAUGGUAUUUGUGCAGUAUGAGUUUACGGACAAAAAAGGUAAGUACAGCAAUAUAAAAUAAAAUAGUACACAGUGUUAGAAAGUGAGCUCUAAAUACACCUAUAAAGUGGUACCCCUUACACCACUAAACAAACAAUAUAAUACAUACAAGGUGAUAGGUGGAGCUGCGUAAUGUCCUGUAUUAUCUGUAAAACAGAGUAAAUACAAAUAGCGUAGAAAGUCUGAACAAAUAAAGAUGAUAAAAGUAAAGAUAAAUGGGUUAAACUCACAAGAUUAGAGUCAUACCAUCAUAUGACUCUAGAGGGGUUGUCCAGACCCUUCUGUCGUUGGUUCCUGGAUAUUCCUCUUUAUGGUCCUUUGAGUGUUGCCCAAAUUUUUUCUUAAUAUGGUGCUUGUUCUUAUUUAUAAAAAUAAUGUAUCUUUAUUUUCAAUGAUAAAAUGUUAAGAAAGUAAAAAAUAAAUAAUAACAGAAACACUAUACCAAUAAAUAUUGGAUAUAGGUAAAGUCCUGUAUAGAGCAAGAGUGUCCAAAACGCGUUUCGCCUGAUAUACAGGCUUCUUCAGUUGGCUCUGUAGUGUUCAGUUCGUUUUUUUCUUUUUAAAAGGAGUUUUCCGCUGGUUUCGCCGCUUUUAUGCUGCACUUCCGGGUUUUGGCCGCUUGGAACGCAACGUGCGUUCCAUUGCUGGGUCUCGUAUCCAAGUUCCUUUCCGAUGGAACGCACAUGCGUUCUGAUUGCCUGCUUGUCACAUCUAUCGGGUUCUUCCAUCUAGCCACAAGGAGAAUGAGUCCAUUGCACAAAUCCCAUCUCACUCCUCCAAUACAUAGCGACAUCACACUUAUAUACAAAUACUGUAUACCAAAAAAUGCCCUAGGAUGAAUAGAGUGGACAACAAUAUAUACAUUCAUACUCUUAAUCACAAUAACAAAUGGGGUUGAAGGUGCCUAUAAUGUCCUAAAUAUAGAUAGUAAUAUGUUAAAAUAAGGUAAGUGUCCCUCAUCCACCCAAAUUUGCCAAAAGAUGGAACACGGACAAAAUAUAGACCUUACCAAGGAUAUCAAUCUGUUGGUCAUUUGGGGGAAAUGGUGAAUAGGUCGACCACUUUCAAAUUGGAAGACUGAGGUUUUAAUACUUCCAUCUUCUGCUCACCCUUGUUAAUGCCCUCUGUCGAAUCUGAUGUCCUUGGAGCUCAUCUGCCUUUUUGGAGGCACAUUGGAGAGGAAGGUAUUGAUCACAGUAUCAGAAAGGUGAAGUCAAAAUAAAUGUUCUGGAUCCUAUUCAUCAGUUUUAAUAUUUGUGAUCACUAAGUGUAAUACAGUUAACAUUUAAAUACAUUUGUCAAAAUACCUUUAUCAAACCAGUUUGAGAAGGAUAUUAAUUGCAACUGUGCAGUGGUGCUUCAUGAAACAACUUAUUAUGGACUGUUUUUAGGGGACUUGAUCCAUAUAAUGUGUGUUGAUACCAUUGGUGACCCACCUUCUAAUCACACAAGUCAUAUUUCAUUGAAGAUUACAGCUCGUACUGCCACCAAUGCAACCUGCAGGUGAGUGGAAUCCUGUUACAUUAAAGGGACACUCUAAGCACUGAAAAAAACUUUAGCUUGAUAAAGUCAAUUUGGAGUAUAGAUCAUGUUCCUGCAGUUCUACUGCUCAGUUUAAGAGUUAAUUUUGUAAAUUGAUGCAGCUUUAACCAACCCUUCCCUUCCUUCCUGAAAAAAACAAACAUCCUUAAAAACUUCCCUUAUUGCACAGUGUGCUUAAUUUAUCAUUUAUUUUCUUCUUCUCUGCUAAUGGCAUGCUAGAAUCUGCAGAAGCCUCGUGUGCGAGAUUAACAUUCAAUUAACAGAGCAAGAGACAAGAACUUCUAAUAUAAACAUACUGUGCUGUAAAUCAUAUUUUCAUGGAGACUGUGUGUGUCACAGCCAGUGGCUUAAUAAAUAGAAACAAAAGGGAUUUAACUCCUAAAUGACAGAGAAUUGAGCAGUGAGACUGCAGGGUCAAUAGCUAUAGACCCACAAUUAAUGUAACCCCUUAAGACCAGAGGGCGUACUAUUACGCCGUAUUCUAAGCGGCUCUAAACGCUGCCGGGCGUAAUAGUACACCCUCUGGUCUUUUCCUACUUACCCGGUCGCCGGCGAUCGCGGUUCAGGGGUCUCCAAGGGAGCCCCCCGCGGCACCUCCGACGUCCUGGAAGCCCCCCGGCCAUGUGAGAGUGGGGUCCUUGCGAGGACCCCACAAUCACAUGGCCGGGGGUAGCUGGCUGCAGCAUUGCCAGCAGGGGGGCUGCCUGUAAUGACAGGUGGUCCCCCUGCUGGCUGGAAAUAAAAUUAAAUAAAUAGUGUAAAAAUAAUAAUAAUAUAUACUUAGAUCAUAUAUAUAUAUAUAUAUAUAUAUAUAUAUAUAUAUAUAUAUAUAUAUAUAUAUAUAUAUGAUCUAAGUAUAUAUUUACACAUACAUACACACACGUACACCGUCUAGGUGUAUUUUACUAUUAUAUAUAUAUAUAUAUAUAUAUAUAUAUAUAUAUUAAUAUCAAAUUACACGUAGACUGAUACUGAUUAAAUAUAUAUAUAAUUAUUGUUAUAUAUAUAUAUAUAUAUUUAUAUAUAAUAUAAAAAAAUAAAAUUAAAUAAAUAAUUAAAAAUUAUAUAGAUGUGUGUUAUUUCGUUCUAACUGUAUUGUGAAAUUAAUAUAUAUAUAUCUCAAAAUACACGUAGAACGAAAUAAUAUAUAUAUCUAUAUACAUAAAUAUAUACGUAUAUAUAUCACUAUAUAUAUACCUAUAUAUAAAUAAAAAUAUUUUUUAAAAAUUAUAUAGAUAUAUACAUAUAUAUACACAUACGUAUAUAUAUAUAUAUACAUAUAUUAAUUCUACAUAUAUAUUUAUGUAAUAUUUUUACAUAAUUAGGUAUCUUAAUUAAUUACAAUUAGCGGGACCUGCCUGACAACCCAUGCCGAAAGUCAAGGGAAUUUAAUUUGUUAGCACUAUAUUUAACCCUAUAACUUUCCAAGACACCAUAAAACCUGUACAUGGGGGGUACUGUUCUACUCGGGAGACUUCGCUGAACACAAAUAUUAGUGUUUCAAAACAGUAAAAUGUAUUACAACGAUGAUAUCGCCAGUAAAAGUGACUUUUUUGCAUUUUUCACGCACAAACAGCAUUACACGGACAAUAUUAUUGCUGCAAUACUUUUUACUGUUUUGAAACACAAAUAUUUGUGUUCAGCGAAGUCUCCCAAGUACAACAGUACCCCUCAUGUACAGGUUUUAUGGUGUUUUCAAAAGUUACAGCGUCAAAUAUAAGGCUUGCAUUUCAGUUUUUUCACAUUAAAAUUCGCCAGAUUGGCUAUGUUGCCUUCGAGACCCUAUGGUAGCCCAAGAAUGAAAAUAACCCCUAUGAUGGUAUACCAUUUGCAAUAGUAGACAACCCAAGGUAUUGCAAACAGGGUAUGUCCAGUCUUUUUUAGUAGCCACUUAGUCACAAACACUGGCCAAAAUUGGCAUUUUUUGCAUUUUUCACACACAAACAAAUACUAACGCUAACUUUGGCCAGUGUUUGUGACCAAAUGGCUACUAAAAAAGACUGGACAUUUGCAAUACCUUGGGUUGUCUGCCAUUGCUAAUGGUAUGCCAUUAUGGGUGUAAAUUUCAUUCCUGGGCUACUAUACAGUCUCAAAGGCAACGUAACCAAUCUGGCGAAUUUCAAUUUCAAAUGUAACGUGCUAUAUUUGACCCUGUAACUUCCCAAAACGCCAUAAAACCUGUACAUAGGGGAUACACUUACACGUGAGACUUUACUGAAUACAAAUAUGUGUAUUUUAUUGCAGUAAAAACAAACAGUAUUAUGACAUUGACCGUUAAAAUGUCAUGUAGAACUAAAAAAAUUAAAAAUAAUCUUAUUUUCUCCCAUUUUUUUCAUAUUAAAUUAUGUUUCAUAGCUAAAUAUUUGAUAUUAAAUGAAAGCCCUGUUUCCCCUGAAUAAAAUAAAAUGAUAUAUAAUAAGGGUGGGUGCAUUUACUAUGAAAGAGGUGAAUUACGGUUGGACAGACAUGUAGCGCAAAUGCCAGGUUUAGUUUAAAGGACCACUCUAGGCACCCAGACCACUUCAGCUUAAUGAGGUGGUCUGGGUGCCUGGUCCAGCUAGGGUUAACCCAUUUUUUAAUAAACAUAGCAGUUUCAGAGAAACUGCUAUGUUUAUGAAUGGGUUAAGCCUUCCCCCUAAUUCUCUAGUGGCUGUCUCAUUGACAGCCACUAGAGGCGCUUGCGUGCUUCUCACUGUGAUUUUCACAGUGAGAGCACGCCAGCGUCCAUAGGAAAGCAUUAUGAAUGCUUUCCUAUGUGACCGGCUGAAUGCGCGCGCAGCUCUUGCCGCGCGUGCAGCCGACGGGGAGGAUCGGAGGAGGAGAGCUCUCCGCCCAGCGCUGGAAAAAGGUAAGUUUAACCCCUUUUCCCCUUUCCAGAGCCGGGCGGGAGGGAGACCCUGAGGGUGGGGGUAUGUUUUCCUGGCACUAUAGUGGUCCUUUAAUGAAGUGGUCUGGGUGCCAGGUCCCUUAGGAUUAACCUUUUUUUUUAUAUAUAUAUAUAUAAACAUAGCAGUUUCAGAGAAACUGCUAUGUUUAUAAAUGGGUUAAUCCAGCCUCUAAAGCCUCUUGUGGCUGUCUCAUUGACAGCCGCUAGAGGCGUUUGCGUGAUUCUCACUGUGAAAAUCACAGUGAGAAGACGCCAGCGUCCAUAGGAAAGCAUUAUGAAUGCUUUCCUAUGAGACCGGCUGAAUGCGCGCGCAGCUCCUGCUACGCAUGCGCAUUCAGCCGAGGAGGAUCGGAGGCAGAGAGCUCCCCGCCUGGCGCUGGAAAAAAGGUAAGUUUAACCCCUUUCCUUGCCAUCCAGCCCGGUGGGAGUGGGACCCUGAGGGUGGGGGCACCCUCGGGGCACUAUAGUGCCAGGAAGGCUUCUAACUUUGAUCCUUUUUGUAAACUAUAUCCACCUAUUAAAAGGAGUGUAUUGAGAAUGUAUUAAUGCAAAGCUGGUAGUGUUAUACACACAGGUUUUCCUCAUUUUACCCAAGACAACAGAAAGUGGUGUGUUUUGGUAAAUUUCCUGAAGAAUUUAUAUUUUUUUUCUGCCCAUACAUUGUCCAUAUUCUGCAAUCGGCGCCAUCCAGUGAAAGGGUUUACCCUGCCAUUUUCUAUAACUAUGACUUAGCAGCUUAGCUGCAUUAGCCAGAAUUCUGAGGAUUCAAAGUUAAACCAUAAAUGCUUAAACAAGGUGUUUCUAAACAAAGUGUGCAACUAAGCUGCUAACAAAUACAAAUUGGCAGAAAAUUGACAGAAAAUGGCCCAGUGGGCGGGUUUAUUUUACUUUUCAUCACAGUUUAAGGUUCUCAGAUGAGUAAAACCUUUGAAGAUACAUUAUACAAUCUGGAAUUAGAUAUCGUUACUGUUUGUUUUAACUGAAUAAAAGCCCACUGGAAAUCACUAAAUCAAUCACUGGAAAUAAAAUCACUGGAAAUCUGCAGUUGCAGUAUCAGUUAUGCCAGUAAAUUACUAUUGCAAUGUCGUACAUGCAUUGGGAUGGGAAAAAAGGUAUUGCUUCACUUUAAGUACAUUUUCGUUUUACACACAUGCUCUGGUCCCAUUGUGUACUUAAAAGUGGGGUAUGCCAGUAGUCAAAAAAAGAUGCAUACUAUCCUGAUGGUGGGGUGAGAGACUCCUCCCCCUGCAUUUGACCCCGCCCUUUAACUUUGUAACCACCAUACAACACAACACGGAAAUAUCCAUACCAUACUUAAAGGUAUACAGCAAGUCCUAUACAAUAUACUAAACUGAGUACAAUGCAGAUAUAUCCAUACAAUAUAGAGAGCCACAUACUCUCAACGCAGUAUAGUAUACACAGGGUUAAAGCAGGAGGAUUCUGAUAGACUCAUAGGCGUGCGCAGCCUAUUGCAUUAGGGUGUGCACCCUAAAGCACAAGCACAAGCCGCAUAUAUAUAUGUAUGUAUGUAUAUACAUACACAUAUAUACACACAUACACACACUGCUGUGUGUGUGUGUGUGUGCUGUGUGAGGGUGCUGUUAGUGUGAUGUGUGUGUGACGAUGCUGGUAGUGUGCUAUGUGGGUGAGGGUGUUUGUGUGUGCGUGCUUGUGAGGAUGCUGUUAAUGUACUGUGUGUGAGGGUGCUGUUUGUGUGUGCGCUUGUGAGGGUGCUGUUAAUGUACUGUGUGUGAAGGUGCUGUUUGUGUGUGAGGGUACUGGUAGUGUGCUGUGUGUGUGUUUGUUAGGGUCCUGUUUGUGUUUGUGAGGGUACUGUUAGUGUGCUAUGUGUGUGUGAGGGUGCUGUAUGUGUUUGUGAGGGUGCUGUAUGUGUGUGUGGGUGCUGUAUGUGUCUGUGGGUGCUGUAUGUGUGUGGGUGCUGUAUGUGUGUGGGUGCUGUGUAUGUCUGUGGGUGCUGUGUAUGGGUGCUGUAUGUGUGUGGGUGCUGUAUGUGUGUGGGUGGUGUGUAUGUCUGUGGGUGCUGUGUAUGUCUAUGGGUGCUGGAUGUCUGUGGGUGCUGUGUGGGUGCUGUAUGUCUGUGUGGGUGCUGUGUAUGUCUGGUGGGUGCUGUGUAUGUCUGUGGGUGCUGAAUGUGUGUGUGGGUGCGUAUAAAUUGUGGGUGGCUGGUGGGCUGUCUGUGGGUGCUGAAUGUGUGUGGGUGCUGUACAUGUGUGUGUGUGUGCUGUGUGUGUGUGUGCUGUAUGUGUGUGGGGUGUUGUAUGUGUGUGGGUGCUGGUAUGUGUGUGGGCAGUGCUGUGGCGUGUGUGGGUGCUGUAUGUCUGUGGGUGCUGUAUGUCUGUGGGUGCUGUAUGUCUGUGGGUGCUGUAUGUGUGUGGGUGCUGUAUGUGUGUGUGGGUGCUGUGUAUGUCUGUGGGUGCUGUGUAUGUCUGUGGGUGCUGUAUGUCUGUGGGUGCUGUGUAUGUCUGUGGGUGCGGUGUAUGUCUGUGGGUGCUGUAUGUGUGUGGGUGCUGUGUAUGUCUGUGGGUGCUGUAUGUGUGUGUGCUGUGUGUGUGUGCUGUAUGUGUGUGUGUGUGUUGUAUGUGUGUGGGUGGGUGAUUGUGGGGGUGGAGGUGGGGGUAAAUUACUUGCUAUCCCCCCUCCCUUCUUACCUUUUGUAGGGAGGGGGGAUCGUGCUGCUGCUUCCUUCCCUGGUGGUCCAGUGGAGGAGGGGAUCCUUGCUGCUGUGAUCCCUGGUGGUCCAGUGGAGAGUGAACUCUAGCCCCCUGUGGGGCUAGAGUUCACUCUCGCGAGAUUUGAGCGUUGCCAUGGCAACGCUCAUAUCUCGCGAGAGGAACCCGGCGGAGCUGCCGGCAAUAGCUCCGCCGGGUCCUCUCCUGCCUCCCUCCCUGCAUGUGGGUCAGUGGGGAGGGAGGCAGAGAGCAGAGCCGGCGCUCGGAUAGCGCCGGCUCUGCAUGAGCCGACAGGGGAGAUCCUGAGAUCUCCCCUGCCGGUCUCAAUACAUAGGCAUGCCGCGGGAUUAGGGUGUGCCCAGGCACACCCGGCACACCCCGUGCGCACGCCUAUGGAUAGACUCCUUAUUACCUUUGCAGCUGGCAGUAAGAUUACUCUGCAGUCUUAAUAUGGAACCCAGCAGUAGCUGGCAUGGAUAACAGAAGCAAAAAUCAUUACUGAUUGAAAUUAGAAUCAGUUCAACCCUCAGUCACAGCCCCAGUCCUGCAGUGUGGAGCUUCACGAUUUCAAAUAGCAUGAGUGUCUCAGGACUCAGAUACAGAAUGACUGAGCACUUUAAAGUAGAUAGUGGGGAUUGCAAUGUGCAGUAUGAGUUAUUAAAGGACCACUCUAGGCACCCAGACCACUUCAGCUUAAUGAAGUGGUCUGGGUGCCAGGUCCCUCUAGGAUUAACCCAUUUUUUUAUAAACAUAGCCGUUUCAGAGAAACUGCUAUGUUUAUAAAUGGGUUAAUCCAGCCUCUAAAGCCUCUCGUGUCUCAUUGACAGCCGCUAGAGGCGCUUGCGUGCUUCUCACUGUGAAAAUCACAGUGAGAGCAAGCAAGCGUCCAUAGGAAAGCAUUGUAAAUGCUUUCCUAUGAGACCGGCUGAAUGCGCGCGCAGCUCUUGCCGCGCGUGCUCAUUCAGCCGAAUGGGAGGAGAGGAGGCAGAGAGCUCCCCGCCCGGCGCUGGAGAAAGGUAAGUUUUAACCCCCUUCCUCUCCCCAGAGCCGGGCGGGAGGGGGUCCCUGAGGGUGGGGGCACCCUCAGGGCACUAUAGUGCCAGGAAAACAAAUAUGUUUUCCUGGCACUAUAGUGGUCCUUUAAACUAUUAGUGACUGGUAGCAUUCAUUGCUAUUGAGGCAGUGGUGAAAAUAACAUAGAGAGGGCCCUGGUGCAAGAAUUUAUUCAGGCACACCCUAUUGCAAAGGUGGCCAAAAGGUAGAUCCCCAUCAUCAUACAAGUUCCACAGUGCUUUGCCAGCUGGGAAUGUACCAUUUGCCCAUUCUUGUAGGGUCGUAUUUAGCACUCAGCAGUGUUUAUGUGUUUGAAUGUAAGUAUGGGGUAUGUUUGUGAAUGUAGGGGUGUAUUUGUGUGUACUGUUGGCUUGUGACUGCACUUGUGUUUUCCUAUGCACUGUUGUCAUUUGAAAGCAGUGGUUUACUUGUGUGUAGUGUUUGCUUUCGGAUGCAGGGGUGUGUUUGUAUGUAGUGUUGGCAUUUGAAAGCAGGCAUGAAUUUGAGUGUAGGUUUUUUUUAUUUACAUAUAAUGUUGGUGUUUUAAUAAAGGUGUAUUUCUAUGUAAUGUUGAUGUUUAAUUGCAGAGGUGUAUUUGUGUGCAGUGGUGGCAUUUGAAUGUCGAGAUUUAUGCACAUGUACACAUACACUGAUACACAUAUACACACACUGACACAUAUACAGACACACUGACACACAUCAUGAUACACAGACACACAAAUACACAGGCUGUCAUACACAGAAACACAAAUACAAACACUGACACACAUUCAGAUACACAGGCACAGAUACAAACACUAACACACAUGCAUAUACAAAGACACAGAUACACACACUGACACACAUAAACAUACACAUAGAUAACAACACUGACACACAUGCAGAUACACAGAAACACACAUUGAUACACAUGCAGAUACACAAACACACAGAUUUAAACACAUGACACGCAUACAGAUACACACACUGACACACAUACAGAUACACAGACACACAGAUUUAAACACAUGAUACGCAUACAGAUAUACAGACAUGCAGAUACAUAAACUGACACACAUACAAAUACAUAAUAGAGAUUAAGGGACAGCGCACACAUAAAAAUACAGUUUCACAAGGCUAUUUAAAAUCACCUCUCUCAGUAAACAAACAUGGGGAUUCAGUUCCUUAUAGCCAAGUUGGGUUAAAGCCACCCUUACGUCACAGCACUCCAAUAUCAGUGGGUCCUACACUAAAACCAACGUGGAAGACAAAUUAAAUAGUGCUAGUCCUAAAUGAGCUAAACAUUAUUUUAAGAAACAAGAUUGGUGCAUGUUCCUGUAAAAUGCAUGUUCCAGGUGUGCCCCCAGUUCCCUUUUUGUCUUUACAUAUAUUGAUACAGAUGCACACAAUGACAAAUAUACAGACACACAUGUUCAUCAUCUUUCAGCCACCCUCCUGUUUCUUACCUUUUGGGUGCAGGAGGGUAGCUUUUGCUGGUAGCUGCUGUUGGGAGUCAGUUCGCAUCAUCCCCUUAUCUCCCGUGCACACGGCUUUAUGUAUGUUAGCUGGGAGGAAGUGACCUCUCACUUUCUCCCAGCACUGCCAAGACUACAAGGGCUAGUCACGCUGUUAAAGAGCCACAGUGCACAACUGGGCCCCUGAAAACAAAUGCCCAUCAGAUGGCCCUUAGUGCUUAGACUCAGUGGACCCCUCAGCAUGCAAGCCCCGGUGCAGACACAUCGGCUGCACCACCAAUAAUUCCGCCCCUGCCUUGAGGACUCGCCUGAUGUUUUCUUCUGUAAGGAGUUAACAAAUUUGCACACCAUCCAAGAUUCCUAAAGGGAACACUAAAAAGUCAGCAAAUAUGUAUUCCUGACCCUACAGUGUAAAAAACACUAUCUUGCUCCCCUGAUUCAAUACAUCUCUAUGAGGAGAUGCAGAUUGGUCAGGGCUGCAUUUGUCUCUGAUGGCAUCAUCAGAAGUGAUAAUCUCAGUCCUGGGCCCAAAAACAAUGUGUAUAUACAAUAGGUAUAUAACAAUAUAAUAUUACAAAAAAAAUAUACACAGUUGUGCUCAAAAGUUUGCAUACCCUUGGAGAAUUGGUAAUAUAUGUACAGUUUUUAAAGAAAACAUGAGUGAGCCGGCAAAAGACAUUUCUUAUAUUUCUUAUGGGAUUCAUAUUCAACAGUAGGUUAUAACAGAAUGGCACAAUCAUAAAACAAAACAUGGCAACAAAGAAAAAAAUGAAAUGACCCCUUUCAAAAGUCUGCAUAUCCUUAGUUCUUAAUACUGUGUAUUGCCCCCUUUAGCAUCAAUGGUAGUGUGCAGUCUUUAGUAAUAGUUGUCUAUGAGGCCCCUAAUUCUUGCAGGUGGUAUAGCUGACCAUUCGUCUUGGCAAAAUGCUUCAAGGUCAUGCAAAGUUUUUGGUCGUAUUGCAUGAACCGCACGUUUGAGAUAUCCCCAGAGUGGCUCGAUGAUAAUAAGGUGAGGCGACUGUGAUGGCCACUUCAAAACCUUCACCUUUUUCUGCUGUAACCAUUUGAGGGUCAACUUGGCCUUGUGCUUAGGGUCAUUGUCAUUCUGGAAAGUCCAAGAGAGUCCCAUGUGCAGCCUUCGUGCAGAAGAAUGCAAAUUGUCUGCCAAUAUUUUCUGAUAACAUGCUGCAUUCAUCUUGCCAUCAAUUUUCACAAGAUUUCCCAUGCCUUUAGCGCUCACACACCCCCAAAGAUCAGUGAGCUACCACCAUGCAUUACAGUGGGGAUGGUAUUCUUUUCACUAUAGGCCUUGUUGACCCCUCUCCAAACAUAGCGCUUAUGAUUGUGACCAUAAAGCUCUAUUUUGGUCUCAUCCCUCCAAAUUACAGUGUGCCAUAAGCUGAGGCAUGUCAUGUUACUGUUGGGCAUAUUGUAACUGGGCUUUUUUGUGGCAAUGGCACAGUAAGGGCUUCUUUUUGGCAACUCGACCAUGCAACUCAUUUUUGUUCAAGUAUCAUCGUAUUGUGCUCCUUGAAACAACCACACCGUCCAGAGCAGCCUGUAUUUCUCCUGAUGUUACCUGUGGGUUUUUCUUUGAAUUCCAAUCAAUUCUUCUGGCAGUUGUGGCAGAAAUCUUUCUUGGUCUACCCCGAAUUUUCCACUACUUAAUAAGUGAUUGAACAGUACUAACUGGCAUUUCAAAGCUUUGGAUAUCUUUUUAUAUCCUUUUCCAUCUUUAUAAAGUUCCAUUAUCUUGUUACGCAGGUCUUUUGACAGUUAUUUUCUGCUCCCCAAGCCUAUCCUGGCAGAAACACAAGCCCCUAAUACCCCCAACGUUUCGGCACCUCCUGGCUGCCUUUCUCAAGGGUGUUUGAUAAAAGCAGGCAGGAGGUGCUGAAACAUUGGGGGUAUUAGGGGCUUGUGUUUCGGCUUGAGUAAGUUGUGGUUAGUACCACUGUUUAAUUUAUUUGCCUUGUUAUUGUUACUUCAAAUCUGAUUUGAUGCUGCAUUUGAUUAUUUGCUUUGUGUUUGUUAUGACCUAUCUUGGUUUAAUAAAGCAUUUAUACGUGUCACUUAGGAGUAGUCUAGUGUGCAAUCUCUUUUUGUAUAAUAUUUGAUUUUACUGGGUAUUUGAGGAAGUGCUGUUGAGCAUUGGCACCUAGUUACUGAGUAUAUGAUCUCUCCAUAUAGCAAUGUUACAUCUGUUAUAUCUGUAACAAGGCCAAACAUUCAAGGGUAUGUACACUUUUGAUCAUGGCCAUUUGGGUGAUUUCUGUUAUUAUGAUUAAAAAGGAGCCGAACAACUCUGUGAUAAUAAAUGGCUUCAUAUGAUCACUAUUCUUCAAUAAAAGACAUUUUUUGCAUGAUCAGUCAUAUUUUCAAAAUCAAUUCCAAAAUGUGAAAUAUGGAAGCAAAUCUUUUUGCCAACUCCUGUAUACAGACACUUUGACACUUAGGUUGUAAAAAAGUCUACUGUGGUAGCCUUGAUCCUAGAAGCUCUGGUUUAUCUUUCGAUAAGUCGGAUAUGAAAUUAGAGUAAUUCUGUGUUGCUUGUUCGGUGUCUCAGAUUGUGGUGCAAAAUUAGAAUCCUGUGAUAAUGAAGGAUUAGGUGAUUUCUGCUUUACACUGUCCCCAUCUUCAUCUGUACUGUACUCUUCUGGAGGGUGAGGUACAGGUAGAUUGUCCCCAUGUGGCACUGGUUAGCUGAUAGGAUUUUGGGUUAUUCCACAUUCACCUUCUCUUAUCUUCACAAGACAAAUCGUAAUAGGAGAUACCAUACAGACAUAUUUAUAUGAUAUGAGGACUCUCUCUAAAUUUAACCAUCCACAUAGAGUCACAGAACAUGUGUUGCAGCAAAUAUGAGGUGCCAGGGUUUGUCUUGGUCUCCUAUUAAAGGUGACAUAAUGUCUUCAUGAGUGGAUUAAUUGGGUGUUACAUAACAAAAAUUGUCACUAAUCUUAACACAUUUACAUAACAUCCUGGCUUUUAGCAUAAAGCAUAUCCACAAAACCGAAAAGAAUGUCACUCGAAUCUCCACCGUUUUGCCACGCCCUUUACGCUAGACCCAUACCAUACAUCAUCAUAAAUGGGCUAUAUCUCAGAACCAAGAGCUAACUGAGAGUCAUAAGAGAAACUGCAAGGUUUACAUUGCAGCUCUAAGUCUGCCCUCACUGGCUGUCUACUGACCUUUGGUCCUUUGAUUAUAGAUCCCUUGAUAAAUCUGUGCUGCUGCACCAGAAUUGUAAGUCACCAUAAGUUAAUUAGGGAGAUUGUUAAUCACUGAAAAGGCCUAACUUGAUCCAGUUUCUAGAAAGUCCUGCAAACUUAGAGUGUGGAGCAGCCUAUUGUAAAAACGACGGUAAUUUAUACUCUACCUAAAGAUCAGCAGGAAUCAUACCAUAAUGUCUGAAUCUGUUCACACAUAUGGGGCUAUUACAUAUAUUUCAUUCAAUCAGUAUGUGAUCAUUAACUUAGUUAAGCCUAGACUAAACCCCAAAGUCACACUAAGGCACAGCUAGAUCAACUAUUAAAAAAUACUGAAAUCAAAAUCAGUAAUAUGUGUAGGCGGUAAUUCGAAGCGAACCAUUAUACAUGAAAUCUAACUCCACUUUCAAGAUAUAUUUCUCAUUUAACCCUUCCUGAAGAAGACUUUUAAGUUCUUUAAGAAAUCUUUUUGUUUGAUCUUGUUUAAAUGGACCCUGUAGUCACCAGAACAACUAAAGCUUAAUGUCGUUUUUCUGGUGAGUAGAAAUAUUCUCUGCAGACAUUUUGCAGUAAACACUGUAUUUCCAGAGAAAAGGCAGUGCUUACAUUACAGCUUAGGGACACCUCCAAUGGCCACUCCUCAAAUGGCCACUAGAGGUGCUUCCUGGGUCAGCGCUGCAGAAUGACAUUCAGUGUCUCCACCCAAUAUAUGGAGACACUGAACUUUCCUCCUAGAGAUGCAUUGACUCAAGGGCUAGGGCGACGUUUGGCUCAGUCCCCCGGCCCUCCUCUUUGGCUGAGAUCAUCAAAAUUGACAAUCUCAACCAAUCCAAUGCUUUCCUGUAGGAAAGCAUUGUAAUUGGCUGACAUCAUCAAUUCUAAUGAUGUCAGCCAAUUAUGCAGGUCAUGGACAGAGCCAACACCAGCAGACUGAAAUAAAAGUAAGAUUUUACUAUAUUUAGGGGGAAAUUGGAGUGGUGGCGGGGGCUACAUAGUGUUUUUAACACAUGUUUGUGUUCCUGGUCCUAUAGUGUUCCUUGAAGAAACUUGUAUGUGGACCUAUCAGACCCUAUUAGUCAUUCCAUAUAUGGCUCUUUAUCAAGAAUCACAAUAUUCUUAUCUUUAUCAGAAUACUUGAUAGAUAUUUGUUAAUUUCUUUGUAAUUUUUUUAAAGCUUUUGACUCUGCAAAUUAGAAAAACCAAAGAAAAAAGUUACUUGUCUUUACUGUGUGUUUGGCUUAUUAUUGACAUAUUACAUGUCUAAUAACCUUCCACUCAAUGCGUUAUAAUUUAAUGUAUUUAUUUUUUUUUACAUUUAUUUCAGAACUACACUAAAAGUCAUGAAGUGCUGAACAUGAAUCAUUACGCAAACAAAAAAAGUGCAGCAGAAAGUAUGCUGGAUAUAGCUCUCCUCAUGGCGAACGCCUCCCAAAUGAAAGCUGUCAUAGAUCAAGGACCCACUUUCAACUACUACGUCCCCCUCAUCAUUUUUAUAUCGCUCUCACUCAUAUUGCAAAUUGUGGUGGGCAUUCUCCUAAUCUUCAUUGGUUGGUAUCAAUCUGUCUGUCUAUUGUCUACCAACCUUGACCUAAUCCAAAUUCAUUAUCCUUAGACUCCCGUAAACUCACACAUUCUCUUUAACAAGACGUAAUACUUUUAUUUUUACUUCUGCUUCAUUAUGCAAACAACACUUUUACCAGGAUGUGUCAACGUUUUAUAGUUGCAGGGUUAUUCACUGAAUUGUGACUUUCACAGAAAAGCAUAAUUCGGAAAAAAAAAUAACAAUCGAAGUUAACAAUGUGUGGUUCAUGCUUUAGGGAAUAACUCUGUUUGUGUCACGAUGAAGCUGAUCAUAAAUGUAUAUGCACAUUACAAUCAGCAGCAGAGGUAGGUGUAAGAUUAAAAUUAUUAUUUUGAGCCAACAUAUUGCUCAGUGUUGUCCAAUAGGUAAAACAAGACAAACCAUUAAUUCUAGCAAAAAACAUACAGGAGAAGCAGGAGAUGAAGCUGUGUCUAAACAAGCUUGACAUGUCUUGCUUGUUAAGGGUUUUUUUUUGUUGUUGUUGUGUUUUAUUUAUUUUUACCUCACCUGCAAUGAGAUGUGUUUUAUCAUUUGAUUAGAAGGAUAUAGUCUUAUCUAUUUCAGAUAAGUAUUAAAAUUUCAACAAACACAGAUAACACCCCCAAAUUUUAGGCACCACCAGUAAAUACAAAGGAUAGAAACUUAUUUACCCUUAAAAUGUAGAUAUAGCAAAACACCUUUCAGUCUUCAUAGAUCAAAUAUCUACAAGUAAAAUAAACUCCAACAUCUGUAUAUAAAAGAUUAAAAUGGGAAUUUGGUAAGUAUUGUACUCACAAAGGUAACAUUGAUUGAAGGCAAUGUAAUCAAAAUCUGAUGAUAUGCCUUCAAUCAAUGUUACCUUUGGGAGUGCAAUAGAUACCAAUUCCCAUUUUAAUUUUUUUAUGUACAGUGUUACACUAUUUGAGGUUAUUUCACUUGUAAGUAUUAAAAUUUCAUUUGAGCAAUGAUCAAAAUGCAUUUUUGCGUAUUAAAAUAUAAAUGUACCUGAUGUUUGCUACAUGCCUUGCUGGCUAGGUUUGCUUCCAUUCACGGUCGCAAAGCCCCGUUAUGGGUUGACAUAGUGGUAUCAGACAACUUGGUGACCACCUUAUGCAGAAACCAUACUUGAAGUUUGUACCGCUGUGCCAGCGGGGGUUAAACUGCAGCCACCCAGAUAUUUUGAACUACAACCCCUAUCGUUUUCUAAUAUCCACAAGCUGGCAGAGGAUUGUGUAAUUCUAAAGGUUCCCAGUUUGACACAACUGCCCUAUGAUUCUCCCAUAGCACUGUAAGCUAAAACCUUUAUCAAGGGAUAAUGUGCAAUCUAUGCACUGAUCGGCCACAACAGUAAAGCCAGCUGUCUAAUAUUAUGUAUGCCCCCCUCAUGCUGCCAAAACAACUGACUGUUCACUUGCUGCCUAAUAUAUCCCACCCAUUGACAGGUGCCACUGUAACGAUGCAAUCAAUGUCAUUCACUUCAUCUGUCAGUGGUUUUAAUGUUGUGGCUGAUCAGUGUACAUAGUGUAUGCAUUUGCUAUAUAUUAAUUGUGUACUGUGUAUAGGUUUAAUUGUAUUAUUUCACGCUGCCACCAUGUCACAUUCAUGCAAAUGUACUGCUUAGCAUGCCUGUAUUUUUUUUAUUUAAUUUCAGGUUAACCAUUUUCUGAAAUCCACAAUAUAAGCAUUGCUAAAACCUCUGAAAAUGUUUGCCAUUGAAAAUGUGUUGGUUUUUUUUUUUUGCAGUGAAGCAUGACCUUAACGACCCAGCUAAACAUGCUACACUUGAGAACCUCAACAAUGCUGCCACAGGCCUGGUCUUUAUUAUUGUCAUUUUUAAUAUUCUCAUUACGUCCUUUGGAGUUCAGGGAUCUGGGAAGCUGGCAUAACAUCCAGUCCGGUGAGUUUAGAACUGCUACGUAUCUGGGAACUCCAAUUUGCAACCAAAUCAUUUGUUCAGGCUACAGGUUACAGUAGUGAUAUGUUGCACUCUGAAAACACGCACGAUACCUUUUCCUGCACAGCUUAAACCGUGUCCAGACCAAACCAAGCAGCCCAGAUAACACAGACAUACAAUGCAAUAUGGAAUGGAACCAAAAAGAAAUGCACCUUAUACACACACUUAUAUACAAGGAUACUUAUCAGUGGUUAGUGAAUGCAGCCUCCCUCAGAUCGCUCCCAGCUAGCAAUCAACUUGAACACAAGAAUAUACAAAACACAACGAGGGAACCGGCUGAUUGUCUAAAUGAAGAUAAAUAAAAAGAGGUAUAGUGUAAUACAGUUUUAAAAUAUUAACACUGCGCAAUAUGAAAUGCACUCACAGGAUAUUGGACAGUUCAGGCAUAUAUGUUGCCACCCCUGAUGAUAUGGGGGGCUAGAGAAAUCCCCUGGACACUUCCACUCAAAAUGCAGGACUCCAGGUGAAGAUAUGAAAAAAGCGGCUUUAAUUGUUUAAAAAUAUAAAAUAAAUACAAAUAAAGGUCCUACGCGUUUCGUCCCUUCUACAGAAUAUGGGACUUCCUCAGGGACCAAAAUAUUAAAAUAACAAUCAAUGCAGUACAAUCACAAGUGGUGGUUUUAUCAGAGUCCAUACAGAUGUUUAAACAGGGAUAGCUGCUUCAUUCAAGGAGAUAUCUGACUGCCAUUUGGGGUCAAAAAGGAAUUUUUUCCUAGUUUGUUGCAAAAUUGGAAGCGCUACAGACUAGGUUUUUUUGCCUUCUUUUGGAUCAACAGCAAAAACAUAUGUGAGGAAGGCUGAACCUGAUGGAUGCAAGUCUCUUUUCAGCUAUGUAACUAUGUAACAAACUACCACUACUCCUGGGCGGCAGCAACAACCAUAGCACACAUCAGCCCAAAUACAAUAAAUACAUACAAUAAAAACCAAAGAAAAGUUACCUGCGUACUAGCCCAAAUCCCUAUGCAUAUUUAAAUAAAUUGAGGGUUUUUAGUAACUCCAAUGGCCAUUAGAUGUAAGCCCACCUGCCAUGUCAAGGCAAACCUCACCUUACUUCCUUCAGCUUCAGGCAAAGAAAUCUCUAAUGAGACAGAGAGGGGGGUACUUUUCUAAAACCCUACAUACUUAUUAACCCUUAAUAGGGAACACAUGGGUGGCAGGUUAUCAGGUUACAUAUUUUGUAGUUCCCUGCAUGGGAGUCUCCAUUCAUCACUAUAUAUCAUGCAGCAUUACCCAAGUGAAGAUCAAGCCAAACCUAAUUUCUUCCUUUUUGGGGGAGGAUAGUGGUCUCUCUGAAUAGCGGUGUUCGUAACACAUCUUGCCGACUUGCUGGGGAAGGGCUCUCAUCCUUUUUUAGGGUUUCCUCCACCUAGAUCCUCUGUGUGGUUGUAGUCAAUUUCAAUCUUCAUGUAGCUGUCAAGAUUUAUGCAACCUUGCAUUCCUUGGGCAGUUUAUUUAAAUCAACAUUUGCUAUAGAAACUAAGUUUGAAUACAUUUUUAAGUGGAAAAAGUACCUAAUUUCAACUGAAAUCUGUAUGUAUUUAUUUUGUGUUUAAAAAAAAUAUCUAUAAAGCUAAAAUCAUCUUAUUUUCUUUUUAGGUUGAACCCUAUGAAGAUACUGUAAGGUGCCAUUGUUUCAUAUGCAAUGUCAAAAAUAUAAUCCCAAUCUAUCUUCCUCUUAAAACUAGCCACAUGGACAAUAGAACUUUAAUAUACAUGCUUGUUAUUCUUAUGUGCAUCAUAUAUUGUGGAACCGUGUCCCAACCGUGUCCCAAGACUACUCAGUGCAACUUCAACAGAGAGCAAAACAGCUGCUUGUAUAUCAUGGAGAGUGAAUCCAUUCAUUAGGACACGAAGUGAUAAACUAUUUUGAGACCUGGAUAUAUGUGUUUGAUUUUUAAUACCACGGGUUAAGGGCAGAUAUUUAAGCAGUCACACCUUGACUUAAUGGAUAGUUUGUCAGCUUGGCCUUGUGUACAUAGAUUAAUGAUUAAAUUUUAAUAUUAACCAUGUAACCUGCCAGGUCUUCAGGUCUCCCAACUCUCUUGCUUUUAGCAGGACAUGUCUUCAGUAGGUGGGUCCAGCCACUUUCUGGGCAAGCUCUCUUAUUGGUGUCACCAGUGACGUACGUUGUGUCAUUGAAAGGCUGCCCACCCGUCCCAUUUUCAUACCUUCCAAUGUUGAGAGCUAUCGAGGCUUUCUACCUACCAUUUUUAUUUCCUCUUCCUUAAUUCUACAAAUUAUUUUAUAGCACAUCAUUGUUUACUACACAUGGAAAAUGUUUAAAAAAAAAAUAGUGCUGAAAUAGUUUCAAAGAUGUAGAUUUUUUUUUCUACAAUGUUUUUAUGGUGCAUGCAAAACAUGGAAUAGAAGGAAGACAUGUUUACAUUUUAAGGAAUAUUUAGGUAGUUCCUUACUUUCUGUUCCAGCUGCCUGGCUAAUAUUUUAUAAUAGUGGCAACUAUUAUAAUUGCUUCCGAAAAUGAGUGGCCUCAGUGAGCUGUGUAAUGUGAAGUGCUUAUGGUACCUAGACUUUAAUGUGCCUCUUAAAAUGAUGAUUCUUUGUACUAUUUUAUAGCUCUUUUAUAAGUGCUGUGUCUUAAAUUUAAAUAUUUUUUUAAUCAAUAAAUUAAACUAUAGUGCUGGCACUCUCUUGGCUCCUUGGGUAUUGAGGCGUACCCACCUAACUACCUCCAAAGCAUUACAACAAAAAAAUAACAUUAAUAGCAAACUCAAAUUAUUUACAAUUGCUAAAGUUAAUUUUUUAUCUCUAUUACUGGGCUGCUUGCCAAAAAACAGUAAGUAUGUGUAAGUGGAAAUAACCACUAGUUAUUAUUAAUCCCCACAAAAAAGUUUUUGAAAAGAAAAUUUUAAAAAAUGGAAAAAAGAAAAAUGUGAAAAAAAUCUAAAUAAUUAAAACUAUUGUCCAAUAUUAGUACAGUAUUAUACAGCUGUGUAUCAGUAUAGUUUAUCAGUGUUCCAAAUAGUAUAUAUUAAUGGUUAGAUCUCACCAAGUGGCAAGUUGCAAAGGAUAAUCACUCCCAGGAGUACAACACACCUCCACAGACUCCAUCCACAGAUGGAACACUGAUGAACUAUACACAACUGUACUAAUAUUGAACAUGGGUUUUCAUUAUUCCACUUUUUUUAUAUUUGUAUUCUUUUAUUCAAUUUUUUAAUUUUUUUUACAUUUAAAAAAAAAAAUUGUCUUGAUUGUGUGAAUUUUUUAACAAUAUUUCCAACACAUACAAUUUUAGAGAGCUGUUUUAAUUGUAGUUGAAAGACAGCUCAUGUCGAUGAUAAAUUUAUACUGACUGUUACUGUAUACUGUACAUACAAAUUAAUCUACGGGGACCAUGACAUGUUACAUGGAAGAAUGUCUUCCUAUAUAAUAUACUGUUUAAUGUCCUACUGCUUGCAAAAUAAUUAUUCUCAACACAUAAUACAUAAAAAUGCUGUAAAACACAUAGUGGUUUGAUUGUCUUAGAUUUUUCUGCAUGAUCCAGUCCAGCCGUAAGAAUUGUUGGUAAAAAAACAGCAGGUGUAAUGCAAACAUCCAUGAUAAGGAACUCCUACUGAGACUUCAGUACUCACAAGAACUCACCCCAUUAUUAUCAGAAAUUACGUUAGGUCUCUGGAUCCAUAGCUGUCUAAUGGUCGAAAUAUAAAUGUUAGAGUGAAUUUGAGCCCUAUAAAUCAGGGGCUCGCAAACAAGUUCUUAUAAGACCCCAAAUGGAGAUCUGUGUUUCAGUGACAUCAUUGGGGAUACAUUAUAUUUGAUAUCAGUAAUGCCAAACUGUCUUCCUGUAUAAUGUUAUCAGUACUGGGCAGACAAUGCAGCUUCAACCCAAAGGGAACAGUGAGUGAGACAAUCUUGUUGCCUAAUUUAGAAAGUUAUAUAUACAUUGUACAUAUCCUGGUCAUACAAUAUAUUAGGUUAUGUACCUAACGAAGAACAUAUCUGACCUAAUUGAUCUAUUUUUUUGUAUUUAAUGUUUUUAUAUAUUCUGAAAAUCAUUGUUUUUAUUACAGAUUUUGUUUGAGCUGUUUUGUUUUAUGUCGGAGUACAAAAUAAAUGUUAUGUGUAGAGAAA